AUGCGUCUCACAACCGCAUCUCUCUCGGUUCUGGCAUUUUCGAGCACUCUGCUUGCCGCUUCAACGGCCCAGCAACACACCAGUGCAGACUCCCUCUCGGAUACCCCGUCUGGCAUCGCCCAUGCCCAGGAGAAUGGCGCCUCUACUCCAAAGGAGGCUGCAGUUCCCACUUCUGCUGUCACGGCCGGUACCAAUGGCAGUAAUGAGAAUGAGAAUACGGUUCUAGGUAUGCCUGAUGCAACGGCAGCUCUGCAGGAUAGCCAGGCUUCCCCUCGAGCUACCACGACCAAAUCCGCUGGAUCAAAUAUUGAACACCUGAGUGUCAGUAGCAUCAUCCGCUCUGCUGGAUCCACUGAAUCCACAGACUCAUCGACCGUUGACUCGACAACUGGUCCUUCAACACAAGCCACUGAUGGCUCUUCUACUAUCCGGGCAGCCACAGUGACCAAGUCCAGUCAGUCUUCGUCCAGCACGAGUUAUAGCAGUUCCGAUGAUUCGGACCCUCUUCUCUCCUUUGAUGGCACCUUUUUGGACUCUUUCAAGGACUUUGUCAGCUUCCUCCACGGCGUCAAGGGCCUCCUAGCGCCUACUUUGCUUUCUGAUAUCGAGUCUUUCUUCCACCACAUUGCCUACCUUCUGGACGACAAAACCACCGACCAGACCAAGAGUCUGAUUGACACUGCUUCUGGUCUUCUCACCAAGAGUCUCAUCAACCAGCUCACGGGCCUGCUUAACAACGCUAGCAACCUGCUGACAGCGGACUUUGUCAAAGAAACUAAAGAUCUCAUUAAUACAGUUGGCCCUAUUCUUACUCCGGAGCUUUUCAAGGAAAUUAGCGGACUUUUGAACAACGCCAACAACCUCCUCGACGCCAGCUUCGUCAAAGAAACAAAAGGUUUGAUUGGCACUGUUGCUCCUUAUGUUACUCCCGAGCUUCUCAAGGAGGUCAACAGCCUGCUUCAAAACGGCAAUAGCUUACUGAGCCCUGAGUUCAUAAAGGAGACCAAGGGAUUGAUUGGUACUGUGGUACCAGUUCUGAGCCCUGAACUCUUCAAGGAGAUCAACAGCCUUCUACAGAACGGCAAUAACCUCCUGACCCCUGACUUUGUUCGGGAGACCAAGGGAUUGAUCGGCGGUGUGGCUCCUGUCCUGACCCCAGACGUUCUCCAGGAGGUCGGAAGCUUGUUGUCCAAUGCCAACAGCCUAUUGACCAAGGACUCGGUCAAGGAAAUAAGCGAUCUGCUGACCAACGCCAAUGCGUUGUUGACCCCUGAGUUUAUCCAUGAUACUAGCGGGCUGAUUGAAGGCAUCUCGCCGGUCAUCACCCCUGCGUUGCUUGCUCAAGUGGGCGGGCUGCUGAGCAAUGCCAACAAUUUGUUAACCGACAAAUUUGUUCAAGACGCCACAUAUCUACUAGGCAAUGGAACCACCUUGUUGAGCCCUUCGUUCAUCAAUGAGACUCGUAACCUCAUUGAUGGAGUUGCGCCGGUUGUCACGCCGGACCUACUGGCCCAAGUGGGCAACUUGCUUAACAACGCGGAUGACCUUCUCUCCAAGAAAUUUGUCAACGAGACCCAAACCUUGAUUGAGGAUGUAUCAGAUAUUCUGCCUAUCCUUAUGCAAGUGGUCGGUUCGUUAUAG